CUGCAAGUGGCACCAGCAUGUACAGGAUGCAACAGUGCUCAACUGGAUCGCAUCUCUCUCUGUGUUCAGAUGAUGAUUGGGUGAGAAGUCUGAGUCUGAGGAAGUGCUCCUUUAAGCAGUUAUUGAUCAGUUUUAAACAGAUCAAUAACUGUGAAAUGAAAUAGAUGUGUAGUUACUGGCAACUGAAAGUGGUCUCCAAAUGCCCGUCUGGCUGCAGGCUGCAGGGUUUGAUGUCACAAAUGGAAAGUGAUGUGGAGAAAAAGCUGCACAUGUUCUGUCAAAAGUCGAGUCUUUAUGAAAUCGCACUGGAGAAGUCCAUGACGGAGAUGACGCACAUCUACAACUCCAACCGCAGAGUCAUGGUCAACAGAUACAUUUCAGAACUGAAGUUUGUGGAAAGUGCCGACAAACUGGCCAAGAACCUCGGAGAGCUACGACAGCGAUCUCGAUUUCUGGCACAGAAGGUGAAGGAGUUGAGGAGCCAUGUGAGGAAACAGGUGGAGGAAAUGCAUCGAACAGAGGUGGACGUUGACAUGAAGCUGAGGACCUGCCGGGGAACCUGCAGGGCGGCGCUGCCGUUCAGCGCCGAUCACCACGUCUACCAGGCUCUUCAAACGGACCUUCGCCUCCUGGACAGAACCAAACCCGCCACGCCUCCCAGAACAUUCCCAGAGUCACGCUGCGGCCGGCGAACGUCGGCCCGCCGCCGUCUGCAGAAUACAAAAAGAUCCCGACGGUCCAGAAAGAGCUGCUGAUGCAGUUUGAAGACGUUGAACAGAACCAAAUUGUUCUGGUGGAUCAGGCAGACGAGGUGAAACCGCUCAGAGCUGCAGGUUCUAACCCAACAGCUGAGGGUGAAUUAUUGUAAUAAUGCUUAAUAAAGACAGAAAAACUUCACUUAUGACAGAAAGACCUUUCAAGUUCUUUCAACUCUUAUGUGCUAUUUAUCAAUUGUCCUGAUUUAAACUGAUAGAAAAUGAGCAAAGAUACAUUUAUUUAAAUGAACUGAUCACUUAUUCUUAGCUUAAAAUUACUGAUUGUGGCAUUUUGGAAAAACUUGUUUUUGAUGAUAAAUAUUUAAAUCAUUUCCUUGAUUAUUAAUAUUAUUUAUUGUAACAUUGUUUUAUUACAGUCAUGUGUUCUGUCUUAUACAAUUAACUUUUAUUACCUA